CCUAUGAAUAAUAAUAAUAAUAAUAAUUAUCUUCUCUCGUCCUACGGAUAUUUUUUUUCAUUCAUAUAUUAUUUUCUCGGCGAUUUUUCGCGUCGUCCCAACACCCGUUCGCGAUCAGUGCCCAGCAGCCGCGGUCCUCGCAUUCUUCCGAAAGCGUCGCGACCGUAGACCUACUUUUUUUUCCCCAUACGGUCCGCGUUCGCUCGCGUCGCCCUGGACCACUUUCCACGACCGGUGAGUAGACGACGACGACACAGCAAACGUCACUGAAGCGUCCGGUGGAACUAGCCGCCACGUACUAUCUAUCCUACAAUGUUUGCUCGUGUCACAUUUUAUCCAACGCUUUUAUAUAAUGUAUUUAUGGAAAAGGUUACUCAGCGUAACUGGUAUGACCGAAUUGAUGAAAAUGUUAUAUUAGGUGCAUUACCUUUUAGGAACCUCAGUCAAAAAUUAAUUGAUGAAGAAAAUGUCCGAUGUGUAAUUUCAAUGAAUGAAUCUUAUGAACUGGAACAUUUUACACCUCAACCAGAUGAAUGGAAUAAAAUGGGAGUUGAACAUUGCCAGUUGAGUACAAGGGAUAUUUUUGAAACACCAUCACAUGAAAAAUUAAUUCAAGGGGUAUCAAUAAUGGAAUCAUUUUCAAAAGAUGGAAAAACUGUUUAUGUACAUUGCAAGGCAGGUCGAACUCGUAGUGCUACCCUUGUAGGCUGUUAUUUGAUGUCUAAGCACAAUUGGACUCCUGAACAAGCAAUCGAUAAUAUUGUAUCAAAGCGGCCUCAUAUUUGGCUUCGUAAUCAACAAUUAGAGAGCCUCAAAAAAUAUUACGAUGCUGUGGUUAAAGAAAAAAUUAAUGCUUCCAAAAUGGAUAGCAAUUAAAAACAACUACAUGCUAUGACCAAUAACAAUCAUUAUGCUCGUUUUAGAAUAUUAACAUUUCGAGUUAUUAACAACAUAUCUUCAUAACUACGAACAACUCUAACACUAGUUUUAAUAAAAGAGUACUUUAAUAAUAUGUUUAUAAUUCUUCUAGUUAAGUCUAAAUGUACUUUGUAUUGCAUUGUGUUGCUCAAUCCUCUUCAAAUUAUAAAUUUUUAUAACCCCUAGAUUUUACAUUAUUAUUCGUAAUUUAUGAAUUUUC